AUGACGAGUAUCGAACAGAUUGAAAUCAGCGGAGUGCGCAGCUUCGACCCUAAUCCAAAUAACCGUCAGCGCAUUGUCUUUAAGAAGCCACUCACUGUUAUUCUCGGAAAGAAUGGUGCUGGAAAGACAACUAUUAUUGAGGCACUUCUGAACGCCUGCACGGGUCAAAUGCCUCCUGGUGGUGGAACAGAAAAGAGUUCGUUUGUGUACGACCCAAAGGUUGUGGGUGAGAAUGAUGUGAAGGCUCAGAUCCGCCUUCUUUUCACGGGAAGGGGUGGGAAAGUUAUGCAGGUUAUUCGCUCGUUUCAGGCUACACGGACGCGGAAUAAAACCACCUUCGCGACGCUCGAUAACAUUGUCGCCUUCCAAGAUUCUGCGACGGGGAAAAUCAUAUCCAGCACAUAUCGCGCCAAUGACGUGGACCGCGCGAUUCCAGACAUGCUUGGUGUAUCUCCUGCGGUAUUGGAGCACGUCAUAUUCUGCCACCAGGAGGAUGGAAAUUGGCCCCUCUCCCCCCCGAAGGAAGUGAAGAAGAUAUUUGACGAUAUAUUUGCAGCCACGCGUUAUGUUCUUGCCCUCGACCGUUUGCGGGAGAAUAAUAAGGAACUGCGCCGCCAGCAGAAGGAACAUGAGGCGAGCUUAAUGUCAUUGUCAGAGCACAGAGAGCAGGCACGCCAAAUAUCGGCGGAUAUUACAGUUAAGGAGGAGACUGUCGCAGGUAUUAAAGCAAAAACGGAUGCGCUGGCACCCCAAUUGCAGGAACUGCAAGCCAUCGCUACUGCUCUAGAUAACGUGGAGCAUCGUGCUGAAGGUUUAUCUCGAGAAGCAGCUGUCAUUGAAGGUCGAAUAGGCGAAAAGAGGGAGUCUCUCAGCCGGUUAAACGUUUCCCCGCCCGGAUACUCACUGGGGGAGUUACUGCAACGCAGGCAGAACUUCGGUGAAAAGUUGAGGGAACUGGAAUCCACUGUUUCGACAAAGAAGGAGCUUAUGGAACGGGCGGUGGCGGAGCUUCGCCGUUGUGAAGAAAGUGUUGUGAGCCUCCGCUCCGGUAUUGAGUUUCGUGAGAAACAGGAACAGCAGCACAAGAGGGAAUGCGAGGAACUCAAGGUAAUAAUGAGUGAUUUGUCUAUGAAAUUUGUCAUCGAUGGGGAGAUCAAUGAGCAUUGUUUGACAAAGAUAACGGAAUAUGUUAAUGAGGAACUUCACAACGAAGAGCAAAAGCGAAGUGGAGAGCUAAAUUCCAUAGAUGCAGGAAUUCGUGCUGUAGAGGAUAGAAGGUCCACAACACUUCGUGCGAUGGACACCGAAGGUAAGGAGAAGGAAAUGAAAGAGGAGCAGCUCCGUCAUCUGAUGAAGAGAUGUGGCGACGCAAAGGAGGCACUCGGUAAGUUGGCUCCGUACGUUACCCCUACACGUCUGAAGAAUGUGCAGGACACGAUUACCGAGUUGGAAAAACGUGUUGAGGCAAUGGAGCUGCUGCAAAAGGGUGACGCGAGGUACAGGCAGCGACAGGACAUCUUACAGAGUGUUGAGGCACAAAAUAAGGUUGUCGCUCAGUUGCGACAAGAACUGUCCCGACACAAGCAGCGCUCAGGUCGUGAGGCAGAGAUGAAUCUCCUUCGUACCCAGAUUGCGGAAAAGGAGGAAAUUAUCAACAACCGACUGCAGGAAGAGCUAAUUGCAGGACUCAAUGACCUUGGCUGCAAUACAGGCGGAUCGCAGACCCUCACAACUGUAACGAUGCAAAUCGACAAACUGAGGCGCAAGAUGGCAGACACGCUUUAUAGCGUCGAAGCAGAGGCCAAUGACCUUGAUCGCCAGUUGAUUGCACUGAAACAGAACCGGUCGCAGUUGGAGGGGAAAAUUGUCAGCGAGAAUAUAGAGCUACAGAGGAAGAGGGUUCAAUGUAUCAGCAAACUUGGAAAUGAUGAUGCCCUAACUAACUUUGAGGCGCUUCUAGUGGAGGCGCGUGACAGAUAUCACAAAUUGAAUGAGAAGCUUAGUGGAUCUAAAGCAUUGGCCGCAUGUCACGCCCACUUUGUGGAGCAGGCUAAGGUUGAGGACAAGUGCCCACUCUGUGGUCGUGCUUUUGGCAGUGAGAAUGAGUUGAAUGACUUCUUGGCAUCCUUUAAGGUGGGUCAACAAACCUCUGGGAAGGAUAGCAUAAAAGAGGGUGACGUUGAGAAGGCUCUGCAACGCGUGCGCGGACUCGAGCAGUUGGAGUCUGAUGUAAUGGACGUGAGGCGGCUUGCCGAUAAUGCACCACAACUGGAGGAGUCACUUAAAUCUACGAUUAAGCAGAUUCGAGACAAAGAAAUUCUCCUGGAGGAUGUGCACAACAAACGAGACAAAGUGAAGGACGAAAUGCAGCGUGCGCAAAAACUGGUUCAGGCUGCGAUGGAGGUGAAUGCCAUGACAUCUGAGAAGCAGGCACUACUGCAGCAGCUUAACAGACGAGAGGCAGCAUGUGCAGAGGCGAGCACAUCUUCCGCUAACAUUGGGGGUGCAGGGGAGCCUUGCUGUGCGGGUGAAUUAGCGUCACUUUCGUACGAGGAGCUGUCGGACAAGUACGAGUCCGCAAAUGCUGAACUUCACCGGUUGAAUGUGCUUCUAAGUGAAAUGCAGAGAGGGGAAGAGGGAGGCUCUGCCCAAGCACUUGUCAAGGAGCUUACAAUGAAGCGGUCGGAACUCUGUGAAUUGAAAAUGAAGCUUACUCGUCAAGCCGAGGUUGAGGCAACGAUUGCUCAAUAUGCGGAGCAGGAGGAAGGUUACGUCAGCCGUAUUGCUGAAAUAGACGACCAACGGGAAAAACUGGUGGCCCAACUUGAAUCUUACAAUAAGGAGUUGGAAGCACUGCAUGCAAAGCGGAAGGAGCUUGAGUUGGCGUCUCAACAGGGAUACAUUGGUCAGCUAAAAAGAACACUAGGACUUCUUUCGGCUGUGCUACCGAGGCUGCGGGAUUACAUCACUUCAAGGGUUGGCGAAGAGCUCUCAAGAGACAGAGAGAGCUUGUGUGUGAAUGAAAAACGACGAGACACGCAAGCUGAAGAGGUCAAGCUUCUCCGCUUAUCAAUUGACGACACAUUGCGUAUAAUCAAUGAAGAGCAGCGGCUCAGAGUGGAAGUGGACAAGUACAUUGAGUAUCUCGAGAAAAAGGGUUCCAUAGAGGAAGAUGAAAAACGUUUGAGUGAUGUUAGGUGCACCCUUUCUGAGUUGAAAGUAAAUGCUGUGCCCGCUGCAGAAGCCGUCCUCGGAAAGGAUGUUGUGGAGAGGGAAAGUGUUGGCCGAAUUCGUGAGCUUAUUCGCGGGAAAAUCAGUGCGUUGGAGUGCCUUCGUGCUCAGCAAGAUGGUGUCGCCGAGGCGAUGCGACAGGACAUUGAGAGUCUCAAAGGUCAGCUUACUCGCGAUAAGUACAAAGAUAUUGAAAAGCGCUACCGCACGACCUUCCUGAAGGUCCAGACUACUGAAAUUGCGGUUUCGGAUGUGGAAAAAUAUUAUCGAGCGCUGGAAAAGGCAGUGCAGACCUACCACCAAGAGAAGAUUGCGCAGAUCAAUCAAAUCUUGGCUGACCUUUGGCGACACACCUACAAGGGAAGCGAUAUUGACACCAUUGAACUCCGUUCCGAGGAUGAUGUCACGUCAACUACAGCGAGGCGGAGUUACAGCUAUCGUGUGGUGAUGAAACGGGGGAACAGUGAAAUGGACAUGCGGGGCCGUUGCAGUGCGGGUCAAAAGGUACUUGCCUCUGUUCUCAUCCGACUUGCGCUAAGUGAAGCCUUUUGUUGUGACUGCGGAAUUCUUGCAUUAGAUGAGCCGACAACGAAUCUUGACGAAGAUAACGCGCGUUCUCUUGCGGAGUCGCUACGCAUGCUUAUUGACAGUCAUCGAGCAGUGAAACAUUUUCAGCUUAUUGUCAUUACUCACGAUGAGCACUUCGUCCGCGCGCUAGGAGGCCAGGCACUGGAUACUUUUUAUUACAUUCAUAAGGAUAGAGAGGGCGCCUUUUCUGUGAUUGAGGAGCGCACUUUCGAUCAGUUGUUCGCGAGUUGA